AUGGCCCUUCUUCGCGCGUCAUGGCUGCCCCUGGCGCUUCUUUCGGGAGUCCUCGCCGCCCCCGCUGAUCAAGCCUAUGCGGUUGAGGCACCGCACCCGAUGAUCACUCCUCCGCCAACGCGCGUCAAGCGGACUCCCGAUCUUACCGACGACGUUGGCAGCUACGUCCACAGCGUCCUGGGCGGCCUUGGAAGCGACAUUUCAUCGUUUGUCGCGUCCGGUAUCCCCAACUACUUCCAGGGCUUCCCUACCGGUACCCAGGUGCUCAGUUCUCUGGGAAUCAGCGAUGGCGAUCUCAAGGCCCAGCCGACCCAAGUCUUGAACUUGCCGGCAUAUGCCAACUGGACCGAUGAAGGCUGGAACAUUCGCAUUCACGGCAACGUGUUCAAGCAGCCCAACAUUAGCCAAUCGAAGGUCGAUGACCUAGCGAAUGUCUUCCUCAUCGAUGUCGAUGUCGAUCAGCUGCCGGCCGAUCAAGCCGCACAAGCACGAAACUUGACGAGAUCCAUCUUCGUCGUCCAGCAGGACGACCAAAAUGUUACGAUGAACUUCGUCAACGAUGUCGCUGUUCGACCUGGCGCGAGUGGAGGAGCUGUCAACGCGCGUGGCGGUGCUCAGUCGGUCAACAUGCCGUACCUGACAACAGCUGAAGGCGACUUUGACGCCUUUGUCAAGUUGAGGAAUACCACAGGCUCCAAUGGCGGACAUUUGAUUCCGGGCAACGAGACGAGCUCGAUCCAGACUCUCAACAUGUAUGCCAACGGCACAACGACCGGCAAUGCGACGGCAUACCUCGUGCCGUCCGAGGGCAUCUCGAUCAUCUCCGAUAUCGACGAUAUUCUGCGUGUGACCAAGAUCUACCAGCCGAAAGAGGGUCUGCUCAACUCCUUUGCGCGUCCGUUCACAGCCUGGGAGAACAUGCCCGAGAUCUACGCCAACUGGUCGGCGUCGAUUCCGGACUUCCACUUCCACUACCUGACGACCACGCCGGAGCAGGUCACGCGGAACUACAUGGAGUUUAUCUACAAGACGUACCCGCUGGGCAGCUUCGACACGCGCCCGCUCAACUUCUCCGAUGUGGAGGCCACGCUGUCGAUCCGAAGAUUCUUGUUGGACAAGUUCUUCCGGACAUUCCCCCAGCGCAAGUUCAUCCUUGUCGCCGACACUUCGAACUCGGACGUGAUGAAGGCGUACCCGGCCAUGUACAAGGACUACCCGGGCCAGGUCCUAUGCAUCCUCCUCCGGAACACCAGCGCCACCGACGAGAAGGACCGGUUCCCGUACAACACGGCGGGCUUCAAGGACAUCCCGCAGAACAACUACAUGUUCUUCAAGGUCCCCGACGACCUCAGGAACCUGGACGUCGCCAACGGGCAGUGCUGGAACCAGACGAUCCCGCAAAACGUCACGUUCAAGUUGCAAGGAUUGCCGUUCGGAUGGGGCAACAGCGCCGGAUCUCUGUCGCCCCCGACCACGUGGGCCCUGGCCGUUGGCCUUCUCCUGGUCGGCGUCGCGGGUUUGAUGUGA